CUCUCAUAUACAGACACACAGUAACACACAAACACACUUAAUUCAAGUUUAUUAUUAUUAUAAUUGCAUGUCUUGUGUAAUGUGGACUGAAACUUUUCAUUUCACAAACUACGAUGCACGAUAUAUAUAUAGAGAUAUAGAGAGAAAGAAUGUUGGAAAUAAGAAGAAAGCAAAAGUUGGUUGGCCUUGAUUUUCAUCGCCAUCAUUUUGAGUUUUCGUUUAUCCAUUCGAAACGAAAAAAAAAACUUCUUUGUCAACAAACAAACAAAACAGAAAGAUGAACAAUUUGAUUAUCAUUUUGGUGAUGAUUUUUUCAUACAAAUUUUUUUCCAUUCAAUCGAUUCCAGUAUCGAAUACGGAAAAAUUUUUAAAAAAUAAUCCAAAUAUUACCGAUGAAAAACAUGGUAUUCGUAUGGGACAGGUAUUGCCUGAAUGUGAUGAUGCAAAGACGGAUCUUGAUAUCGAUUGGAAUGGAUCACCGAUAAAUUAUACUUGUUAUCACCGUAUACCAUAUGGUAUCGAUACGGGAAUUGAUUCAAUUGUUGAAUGUGAAAAAUUAUCACCAGAUUAUAUGCCACAACAUUUUUGUAUCAAAGAUCGUAUUGAUUAUAGUAAUCAUUCAUCAUUACCAACAUAUGGUGAUCAUCGUCCAUUAUGGCCAAUAUUUGGUGAAUAUCGUUUUAUUCCACCACAAAGAUGGUUACAUAAUGUUGAGCAUGGUGCAAUCAUAAUGAUAUAUCAUCCAUGUGCACAUCCAAUGAUGGUGGAUAAACUUCAAAAAUUGGUACGAAAUUGUAUUCGAAAACAUGUGAUUACACCAGAUUCAUAUCGAUUAGAUCAUAAACGACCAUUAGCAUUGAUUGCAUGGGGUUGUCGUUUACGAAUGAAUUAUGUUGAUUCACAUGAAAUUGUCAAUUUUAUUCGGAAACAUGCUCUCCAUGGUCCGGAAGGAAAAUUACCAAAAGAAGGACAAUAUGAUGCACAUCUUCUAAGGAAAGCAGAGAUUCCAAUUGGUUCGAAUUUCGAUGAUGAUAUUCUUUGUCCAUUUAGUUUUCGUUGAUUUUGUUUUUAUUCUAUUUUUAAAAAAUUUGUCUUUCCAAGCCUAAUUAAUCAUUCCGAAAAUUUUUUGAACAUGAAAACAUCCAUACCUAGUCAUUCAUACAUACAUGAUCGUUAUUGUUGUUAAUUUUUCAAAUUUUAUCUUACCAUUCUAUAAAUGAAAUAAUAAAAAAAAAUUACGGAUUA